AUGAAAUUCACAGUCGUUUUUUUACUUUUAUUUCUUGUUUAUUGUUAUGCUGGUAUCAGACGCUUAGACACAAAAGAUGAUGUUUCUCUUCGACUAGAAGCAAUGACAAAUAUAAUUGUUUAUGGAGUGGUAUAUUUUAUAGAUAAAAAUCGCACUUCAAUUUUCAACGAUACACAAGUUGAUAAUGUCAAAAUUAUUUGUCCAUAUUUAAAUAUGGAAAUUGUUGAUAUUAUAUGGCUACCCUAUCCAAUAAAUAUAUUUAUUAAUACAACAAUUAAUAAAAAAAAAGCUGAUAUAGAUAAAGAGUGGAAUUCAUUAAGUAAAAAAGUCAAUAGAUUACCUGUUACAGAAUACAAUAAGUUUGGUGGAAAAAUUUUGCACAUUAAAAAUUAUAUAAAAGAUGAGUGGGACAAUUUUAUUUUGAUUUGUCUUUAUCAAAAUUCAAAUUACAUUAAUUUAUUAAAAAGUACUAUUGAAAUGAUUAAAGAAUAUCAUAAUAAUAAAAAAUUAUUUUAUAAACAAUUUAAAAAAUUACUCCAAGAUUGGUAUUUCUCAGGAAGACUUGAUUUUAUUUUAAUUGUAGGUAAUAAAAAAAAUUUAAAGCAAUUAAAAGAUAAUUUAAAAAUAAAAAUAAUAAAAGAAUCUAUAACAACUCAAAAAACUCCAACAACAACAUUAAAAACUCUACAAUCAUCAGAUUCGUAUGAACAAUUGUAUGAGGAUAAAGAUGAAGACAAUUUAUUAAAUAUAUUUGAUGACGUAAAAUUUGGAGGAAUUUUAGUUUCAUUAAUGUGCAUUUUUGGAUUGGUGUCAUUAUGUAUUUUAAAUGAAUAUCAGUUUAGAAAAAACAAAAAAAAAAUAAAACAAUUAAGAGAUGAUCAAGAAAAAAGUACUUUUGUAUAA